AUGGGAAACAAAACGUCAUGCUGCUCGUACUCGAGUCCACCACCAACGCGCAAAGCGAAGGAAGCGCCCGUAUUCGAGGAGCACAUGCCUGAGGGUGAACUGUCUGCUAACAAUCUGCAACACAUUUCCGAACGUGAAGGAGACGACGGCGAACAUGAUCCGUCGGUCGAUCCGUCCGCUGGCACCAUGUUCCUGGAGCGCUCGAAACAAAGUCUCGAAAAUGGCAUCACUCGCAAAAAGUCUCAGCAUCAGAUCGUACCCCAAGGUGGUGGUGGUCCCGGAGGUGGAGGAGGGGGUGGUGGUGGUGGAGGAGGUGGUGGUGGUGGUGGUGGUGGUGGUGGUGGGGGUGGUGUGCUGAAAAAGAGUAGCAGCUGUUCGACGAUCUACCUGGACGACAGUACCGUUUCGCAGCCGAAUCUGAAGAAUACGGUCAAGUGUGUGUCGUUGGCGAUCUACUAUCACAUCAAGAACCGUACCAGCGAGCGGAGGAUAGACAUCUUCGACGAGAAGCUGCACCCGCUAACGCGUGACCCGGUGCCGGAUGAUUACGAUCGGCACAAUCCGGAACAUCGGCAGAUCUACAAGUUCGUGCGGACACUCUUCAAUGCUGCCCAACUAACGGCUGAGUGUGCCAUCAUUACGCUGGUGUAUCUCGAGCGCUUGCUGACCUACGCCGAGCUGGACAUUGCGUCCUGCAACUGGAAACGAAUAGUGCUCGGUGCGAUUCUGCUCGCGAGCAAAGUUUGGGACGACCAGGCUGUAUGGAACGUCGAUUACUGUCAAAUCCUGAAGGACAUUACGGUGGAGGACAUGAACGAGCUGGAACGGCAGUUUUUGGAGCUGCUACAGUUCAACAUCAACGUACCGUCGUCUGUGUACGCGAAGUACUACUUCGAUCUGCGCACGCUAGCCGAAGCGAACGAUCUAUCCUUCCCUACCGAACCGCUGUCGAAGGAGCGCGCCCAGAAGCUUGAAGCGAUGUCACGCGUCAUGCAGGAUAAGGCAACGGCAGAAGCGCUUAAAAAUGGCAUGAAGAAGUGGUCCUCGAUCGAUAACAUCCACCAGCAGGGUGGCAUCCGGCGCAGUGUUGCCAUCCUGUCGUGA